GCCUGCGGGUCCCGCCUUCGCGUCCCUUCCUUCCCGGCGGCGGGCGGCGGACGCGGGCCGGCGGCGUCUGCACUCGCUCGCUCGCUGGCUGCCCGCUCCCUUUUGUCUUUGUGCGUGGCGAUGAGCGCAGGGCCGGCGCGGCGGCUGCGGGCUCACGGACGCGGGCGCUCCUAGCUCCCUCCGGCCUCGGCGCUCGCCCCAGGCAGCGGCCCGCGGGGCCGAACUUGGGCUCGGGAAGCCUGCGGACCGGGUCCUGCGCCGGAGCCGGGGCAUGGUCUAGUGGCCCAGCCAAGGACGCGGAAGCAGCCCCCGGAGGUCCCGCCCCCUGCUCCAUCUCAGCCUCCGCUUGGCCUCAGGUGUAGCCGCCGCCGGGCGCCAUGGGCAAGCAGAACAGCAAGCUGCGGCCCGAGGUGCUGCAGGACCUGCGGGAGAACACGGAGUUCACGGACCACGAGCUGCAGGAGUGGUACAAGGGCUUCCUCAAGGACUGCCCCACCGGGCACCUGACCGUGGACGAGUUCAAGAAGAUCUACGCCAACUUCUUCCCCUACGGCGACGCCUCCAAGUUCGCCGAGCACGUCUUCCGCACCUUCGACACCAACAGCGACGGCACCAUCGACUUCCGGGAGUUCAUCAUCGCGCUGAGCGUGACCUCGCGGGGCAAGCUGGAGCAGAAGCUCAAGUGGGCCUUCAGCAUGUACGACCUGGACGGCAACGGCUACAUCAGCCGCAGCGAGAUGCUGGAGAUCGUGCAGGCCAUCUACAAGAUGGUGUCCUCUGUGAUGAAGAUGCCCGAGGACGAGUCGACCCCCGAGAAGCGGACGGACAAGAUCUUCAGGCAGAUGGACACCAACAACGACGGCAAACUGUCCCUGGAAGAAUUCAUCAAAGGUGCCAAGAGCGACCCGUCCAUCGUGCGGCUGCUGCAGUGUGACCCCAGCAGCGCCAGCCAGUUCUGAGGGAGGGGCCGCCGCACGCCGCCAGGGAGCCCGGCUCGCUCGCCGCUCCAGCUUCGCUUGCCAACGUGGCUGCCUCCGCCGUCACUCCCGCGCUGCCGGGACUGCGACCACGGCUCUGGCCCGGCCCUGCCGGCUGCACCUCCCUCCUCCGAUGGCCCUCGCGGUGUCCCUCGCCUCCCGCCCCGCCCUGUCCCUUCCAGGGCUGCGAUUCCGGGAGGGUUCCAGUGUUCUCAGCUCCAGGGCGUGUCCGGUGCACAGGCAGCACGGACACAGGCAGGCAGCACUGGUCAUGACCGAGCGAGGGCGCCCAGGCUCAAGGUGACG